AUGUCUGAAAGACUCACGCGCGCCUCCGCCGCAAGGCAAUCUCUAUCCAACGACCAAACCUCACCUCCAUCCACCACCGACCCUCCGCCCGCACCCACCACCAGCAGAAAACGCAAGGCACCAACAGAAGCCUCCCCGCCCACGCAACGCGAAACCCGCAGCAGUAAGAGAGCACGUGGGGACGAGGAGGUGCAGACGCCCGACCAGCCAGCACGCGAGGCAAAGAAGAAGGGCGGCAGGAAGAGCACCGCAGCGGCUAUGUCAAGUGGCGGGUACGCACACGCCCACCUGGCUGAGCAAGGCUCCUCCUCAGCUGCUGACUCUUCUAGACCAUCCUCGGGCACAUCUGGAGAGACGUCACCACAGCAGGCGCCACGUGACUCUUCACGCCGCAAGUCGAGCAGAAGGAAGAGCAGCAAAGAAGACCCUUCACAAGCAGCACCAGCGGCAGCGUCAAGCUCCAAGAAGACGAAGAAGAGCGCGAAGAAGGGCCAGGAUGUGCAGAUGACGGAUGUUGACGAGAAGGCGGGCGAGCCACAGGAUGACGAGCCCGAGGAUGAGGAGGAGAACCCAGACACUGGCGGUGGUGCUGAUGGUACCGAUGACCCACCACGACGCUUCACAGAAGACGAGUUGGACGCGAUGGAGAGGGAUGAUCCGUUCAUGAGUGGCUACCUUGGCCGCUUGGGUGGAGGUCCUGGUGGCCUGUCCAGCAGUCUACGAGCUCUGAGCGGCAUGAUGGCCGGUACAAGCUCACGUCUGCGAGGUCUGCUGGAGCAGCUCCGCAGCAAAGACUCAUCGGUUCAGCUCAUCGCCCUCACCGAGCUCUCGGAGCUUCUACUCGUCUCUAACGAAGACAACCUCGCUGGCCAUUUCGCUCCUGACCAGUACGUCAAGGAGCUCGUUACUUUGAUGCAGCCAAACGACUUCACCGGCGAGGAGAAUCCCGAAAUCAUGCUUCUCGCAUGCCGCUGCAUUGCCAACAUGAUGGAGGCGUUACCUGCGUCCACCACCAGUGUCGUCUACGGAAACGCAGUACCGGUGCUGUGCCAAAAGCUGCUCGAGAUCCACUUCAUCGACCUUGCUGAGCAGGCGCUUAGUACUCUGGAGAAGAUCUCUGUUGAGUUCCCAUCAUCCAUCGUUCGCGAGGGUGGUCUCACCGCGUGUCUGACAUACCUCGACUUUUUCGCCACCAGCACUCAGAGGACAGCCGUGACCACAGCGGCGAAUUGCUGCCGGAACAUACCUGAAGAGUCCUUUCCAACAGUCCGCGAUGUCAUGCCGAUCCUGCUCAACACACUUGCAAGCAGUGACCAGAAGGUGGUCGAGCAGGCCUCGCUCUGCGUGUGCCGGGUCAUCGACAGCUUCAAGUACAACGAGUCGAAGCUGGAAGAACUUGUCAGCCCAGAGUUGCUCAAGGCCGUCCUACGUCUGCUGCUACCUGGCUCUACCAACUUGAUUGGCUCGAACAUCCAUACUCAGUUCUUGCGGUCGCUCUCGAUCACAUCGCGCGCCAGCCCACGUCUGUCAGUCGAGCUGCUGAAGAUGAACGUCGUGGACACGCUCUACCAGAUCCUCACCGGAGUCUCGGCACCGGCUAGCACUGACAACGCAGCCUCGCAAAUCGACAAGAACAUCAUCAUGCAGGCCGUUAUCCGUACACCCCGCGAGCAGAUCUUCGAGACUCUAAACGUCAUCUGCGAGCUCCUUCCCACCGUUUCCAGAGAUGGCUUGACCUUCCUGGAUGAGCUCCACGAUGCAGGCUACGCUGUAUCCGACAACGUCUCGAUGUCGACGCGAUCUAAGACGUCGCCGAACGACAAGCGGGUCGAGUUGCUCAAGAAGUGUCCCCAGGAGGUCAAGCGCUUUGCCAUCAUCCUUUUUCCCACGCUCAUGCAUGCAUACACUAGCACUGUGAAUCUCAGUGUGCGGCAGAAGGUGUUGACGGCUCAGCUUAAGAUGCUUUCGAACUUUGAGACCGAGAUCCUGGAAGAGUCCUUACAAGGCGUCACAUACGCCUCACACCUGGCGGCCAUCCUAACGCAGCAGGAGAAUCACAGCCUCGUGACAUUCGCUCUCCAAGCUGCCGAGCUCCUCCUGAAGAGGCUGGAAGCCAUCUACCGGCCGCAGUUCUACCGUGAGGGUGUCAUGGCUGAGAUCAACAAGCUUGCGGAGCGGGAACUUAAGUCAGAUGCUUCGACGGCGGACAUGCCGAAGCCUGACAUGACUGCUCCGACGGUGGCUGAUGUCGAAGUGCUGGAGCAGCAUGAUGAGGAGAUGGCCGAUGAGGAGCCCGAGACCAUCGACGUCGACAUCGUUCCGCAUGAAUCUGAUGAAGAGGGCGAGCAGGAUGCCGACGAAGAUGCUGCCCGUCGAGAAGAGGACGAUGAUGAAGGUGGUGAAGAUGACGAGGACCGAGAAGGUGAUGGUGAUGGUGACGAUCGAUCUGACGAUUCCGAGCUGCCCUCCCCACAGCAAGGUCAUCGCAUCUUGGAUAUGCAGGAUAUCAUCACGAUGCGUGCAAAGCAAUUCGUCGAAGCUCACGGCACCGGCGGCAACGAGGAGCUGAAGGCCAAAGCUACGUUGGUUCUGGAGGAUCUCGUCGGCCUUGCCUCCGAUCUUCGUGCAUGCUAUGAUGGUGUUCACCACCCCGACGGGAUUGCAUUAUUCCGACGUCUGGUGAAGUACUUCGACGGUAAUGCGCUGGAGAGCAUUACGAGCUACGAAUUGAUGGGCUCUGGGAUCGUGGACGCCUUGCUGGAUGUUUUCAACGCCAGCAAUGAGCAGUGUGCGACCAUAGCUCGCUCUGACUUUCUGGAAGUGUUCAUGACCACGCUGAACACCACAAACUUGGCGACUGGUGAUGCCAAGUCUCCAUCGACAGCUUUCAGUGUGCUCAUUCUGAAGCUACAGGACUUACUCAGUCGCUCCGAGCACUUUGAGGUCGUCACCGUGGGCCACAACGCCUUCGAAAGCAACAGGAACAGCGCAGCGUCAAUGCUUGCGAAGCAGCUUCGCCUCAAGCUGGUCGCGGACGAUGACUCUGGCAUUGCCCGUCCUUACCGGAAUAUCAUGGUCGCGAUUCAUGCCAUUGCGACGUUCAAGGCUUUGGAUGACUACUUGCGUCCGCGUCUCAGCAUGUCAGACCGCCCGCGUGGAGCCCGCUCCCGCGACUUUCCAGGCUCGAUGGCCGCAUACGCAGCUGCCAUGUCAGGCCGAGGCGGUCCCGGUGGCCCGCCGCCACCAUCGGUUCCAAGCCUUGGAAGCUCGCUGCCCACUAGAAGUGCGUCGAAGAAGCAGUCCAAGUCUAAGGGCUCGAAGACGGACACCGCUACUCCAGGUGAGAACGCGAAGCCCGAAGAGCCCAGUAGUCUGCGCAGGUCGUCCAGGAAGCGCUCUGGCCAGACUGCACCCGCUGCGCCGCCCGUCGAAGAGACGCCAGCGGUGACUCAAGAGCCAGAAGACUCGCAAGAGGCGCUCGAGUGCGCUGAUGAGACCACUCUCACGGAUGAAGAAGACGAGGACGUUGAGGCUGAGAUGGAUGCUCUCAUCGGUGAUCUCGAAGAAGGUGGCUUGGAGCAAGACCUUCCUGAUCCAACGGCUGUCAACAUCGAAGCAGGGAACAGUGGCAAGGUCACUGCUCGUACUGAAGACGGAGCACGCGUCGGCACGCCUUCUGGCAAUACCCCAGCCGCAACACCCACCGCGCGUGAGCGUAUGUCAGCCACGGCACGGCUUUUGGCGGCACGGGAGAUGCUAUCGACACCAACAUCAUCCUCGCGCCCCGCCUCGUACGCUGCCGCGUUGCAAACACCGCAGGACUGGCACAUCGAAUUCAGCGUCAACGAUCAGCCGAUCACGAGCGAGACGACCAUCUACCGAGCUUGCCACUUCAACAAUGCCAAUGGUGAGGAGUUUGCGGGGCGGAGCAUCUGGCACUCGACACACACCAUCAAGUUCAAGCGUGUACAAGGCCCGCCUCCUGCUGAGCGUAGCUCGUUGAGCCCAGCACCAGAGCAAGCACUCUCUGAGUCCGGCCUCCCACCUUCGCUCGACAAGCAUCCGAUCACUUCGAACAUCCUGCGUUUGAUGAGCAUCCUCCACGAGCUGAACAACAACCUCGAGGAUGUUUUGGCAGAGCACAAGACCACGGUCACUCUCAACUCUGAGCCGCUCUCCCAAUUCGUCAACACCAAGCUCACUGCCAAGCUGAACAGGCAGCUGGAAGAGCCUCUCAUCGUCGCCAGCCAGUGCCUGCCGAACUGGUCUGAGGAUCUGGCUCGCCUGUACCCUUUCCUCUUCCCCUUCGAAACCCGCCACCUUUUCUUGCAGUCGACAUCGUUUGGCUACUCACGCUCUAUGUCUCGCUGGCAGAACGAGCAGAGCACGAACGACAGCAGGCGCCAUCGCGAUGAGCGGCCGUUCCUUGGCCGCGCUCAGCGCCAGAAGGUUCGCAUCUCUCGCAAUCGCAUCUUGGAGUCUGCUAUGAAGGUCAUGGAGCUCUAUGGCCAAUCACCAAGCAUACUGGAAGUUGAGUACUUUGAAGAGGUCGGCACUGGACUUGGACCAACUUUGGAAUUCUACUCCACGGUCUCGAAGGAGUUCUCCAAGAAGAAGACCAAGAUGUGGCGUGAGAAUGAGUCUGACGGCGUCAAGGAGUUUGCCUUCGGUCGCCGCGGACUCUUCCCGGCUCCUAUGGACGAGGCUGUCUCGAAGAGCGAGAGCGGGCAGAAGGUGUUGCACCUCUUCAAGAUGCUGGGCAAGUUUGUCGCUCGCUCUAUGCUCGACUCCCGCAUCAUUGAUGUGUCCUUCAACCCGAACUUCUUCCGCGUUGGUGAUGGGCAGUCUGCUGUGACACCUUCUCUCGGCGCUGUCGCUGCUGUCGACCAGGACCUGGCGCGCUCGCUCAAGGUGCUGAAGAAAUACGUCACGGCCAAGCAGCGCAUCGAGGACACCGCCACCCUCAGCGAUGCUCAGAAGACCAUGAAGAUCUCGCAGAUCCGCAUCAAUGAUGCUCGCAUCGAGGACAUGGGCCUGGACUCCACGCUACCCGGCUACAACAACAUCGAGCUCUGCCCGGGAGGUCAGCAGAUGGACGUCACGCUCGACAACGUCGAAGACUACAUCAAGCGGGUCAUCAACUUCACUCUGGGCGCCGGUGUUCAGCGUCAAGUCGACGCUUUCCGCGCUGGCUUCUCGCAAGUCUUCCCAUACACGGCGCUUAGGGCCUUCACGCCUGACGAGCUCGUCAUGCUCUUCGGCCGUGUCGAAGAAGACUGGUCCUUGGAGACGCUGAUGGACUCUAUCAAGGCUGACCACGGCUACAACCUCGACAGCAAGAGCGUCCGCAACCUGCUGCAAGUCAUGUCGGAGCUCGAGCCAGCGCAGAAGCGCGACUUCUUGCAGUUCGUUACGGGCAGUCCGAAGCUGCCGAUUGGAGGCUUCAAAUCGCUCACGCCAAUGUUCACCGUCGUCUGCAAGCCCAGCGAGCCGCCAUACACGUCGGACGACUACUUGCCCAGCGUCAUGACUUGCGUCAACUACCUCAAGAUGCCGGACUACAGCACCUUUGACAUCAUGAAGAACAAGCUCGGUGUCGCGAUCAGGGAGGGCCAGGGCGCUUUCCAUCUUUCUUAG